AUGAUGAGAAAUUCAUUAGUCCUCUUAGUGGGACUUGUGUGCCUUUGCUGCUGUGCAGAAGGGACAAAAGUUAAAAUAAAAGCACAGCACAUGAAAUACAAGAACCCUAAAGAGAAAAUCAAUGUUCGCGUAGAGGACCUUCUAGCCCGGAUGACACUAAAAGAAAAGCUUGGCCAGAUGGCGCAAGUAGACCGUGGAAAUAUCACAGCCAAGGUCAUGAAGGAGUACAAUAUAGGCAGUGUACUGAGUGGUGGAGAGAGUGUGCCGCGAACGCAGGCUACUGCGCGGGAUUGGAUAGACAUGAUUAACAAGUUUCAGAACUGGUCACUUGCAAGCCGGCUUGGAAUCCCUAUGAUUUAUGGCAUUGAUGCAGUUCAUGGCCACAAUAACGUUUACAAGGCCACAAUGUUCCCGCAUAAUGUUGGACUUGGAGCUACCAGGCAAGUGAUUCUUUGA